AUGAGCAACUCCCCGCGAAUCCUCCGCCCGACGCCCAGGCGACCCUUCGAGCUCCCCUCCGCCGACUCCUCACAACCUUCGACUCCUGCCGGCGAACCGCAAGGCAACGACGGAAUCGAAGUCGAUCUUCUGGACGCAAAGAAUGACCUGGCAGCGAAGCGAUCGGGGUCGCUCCUGAACCUGACCUCGUCGACAUUGCUAGGCAUCUUUCAACCCACGGCGUUUGAGGAUACUCGGCAAGACGACAGUCCCUGGGACACUCAAUUACACACGCCGAUUGAUCAGCGCAAUGAUCCUCUUCUCGUGGCUCAACUACAGCAAAGCCUUGCAGCAGGCGCGAGACCUGCGAAUGGGAAUGUCGGAACGUCGACAACCACGGCGGCGGCGGCGACGAGGAAGCAAAUGCAUCGAACCGGAAGUGCAUUUUAUUUUCCUCUCGUGAUGAAGAUUUCUCUCCUUUUCGCAUGCGGCGUCGCCUACGGGACUAUUAUAGCUCAUCUGCAUGAAAACAACUGGAUCACGCCUGUGAAGCUUGAGUACAUCGACAACUCCUACAGAUACUUGGUCGGUUGGGGAAUUGCUGGGGUGGGCUUUGCAUUUGUGUUGCCUUGGCUCGAUAAUUUUGGGGGAAAUGGCACCGCCAGCGUGAGCACGUCUGUUCUUGAGAAGAAGCAGAAUGAUAGUUCGCGGGUCUCUCGCUGGACACUUGCAGUUCGCAGUAUUGGUGCUUUUGUGGGCAUUGGGUUUGCUAUGAGGAGAGUUCCAUGGGAAUCAACCACUCAGGAAUCCCUCACCCUCGCCCUCGUGAAUCCGUUCCUAUGGUAUCUCAUCGACCGAACCAAGACGGGCUUUUGGCUAUCGACUGUCGUUGCAUUAACAGGCAUGAGCAUCACACUGGCGCUCCACCCCGAAGUCAUCCCAUCCUCCUCAUCUACCGGUUGGGGACUGCGCAACUGGCGUCUUGAAUACGACGUUGAAGGCGGAUUGACACAAGAUGCCAGCGCAGUUGCUGUCUGGCUUGCAAGCGUGUUUUAUAGCGCAUGCGUCUGCUUCGGCAAUAUAGGGCGUCAACUUACUCUAAUUCAACUUUCGGAGAGGAAAUGA